AACAAGAAAAAUCGCUGGUUUUAGAGCAGUGGCACCAUCCACAAAUCCAUUUCAUUACCAUGGUGACUAUGAUGCUCCUAAAUCAAGGAGAGGCUGUCGCACAAGAAAUAUGGCUGCCACACGGGAUACGCCGAUUGAAAGUCAGCACAGAUCAUCACUACUAAAUGUCGUUCUUAAUCGCACUGAAGCUCUCAAAAGGAAAGAGCUGAUUCACAGACUUGUUUACAUUGGGAAACUCAGAUUUGAUCAGUCUGAUAAGAGAGAGAUUGGAGACUACUAUGAAAAGUUUUAUAAAAAUCACAACAGUCAUGCCCAAGUUGAGCCCGUCACAGGACUUCUACUUAUUUAUCCACAAAAUUUUGUUCAUGUUAUAGAGGCAUCAACUGGUGUUCUUAUGGAAACAAUAAAAGAUCUUGAUGCAAAGCAAAAGAGAGGGUCACUUCUGAAAGAAGCAAAAGUCUUAUUAUCAGUUGGAAAUAUACCAGUCAGACUUUACAGCCAAUGGAAUUACAGAGUAUUGAACCUACCAGCAAUAAGAACAGAUGAGACAAAGCUAGCAGAAUCAACUGAAAAUUUGCUCUCUGAAGCACUUGCUCUUACAUUGAAACUGGGUUAUCAAUUAUCAAGAGUAUCAAAGCUGUCACUGAAGACCUCCUUGGAUCAGAUGCAUGACAAAUAUCGUGAUUUGCUUAUUCCCGAAGAUAUCAUCGAGAAAAUCUUGAAGUCUCAAGACCUUUGUGACCCAAGCCAAUAUUUGAAGAAAUACUGCACUCCGCUUGAAAUUACACUCGAUCGAGAUCUUGUAUGGCCGGCAGAAACUAAGCUCUUCCCUCUUUAAAGUCAAGAACACUACGACUAUUGAUGUAAAUAAUACGAUGUAUAUUAAUUACAUUAAAAACGAUUUUUCAUUACACGACUAUUCCUGUAAAAGCAACAUGUUUCUUUGAAUUUUAUUUGGAUAAUGAAUUUAACAUGA